CGCACUGCGCACCACGUAAGACGGUCAUUCCGCAGGUCUUGUUGACGCGGUAGUGAAACCGGUAAGCUGAAACUUGGUUUCGACAGUGGAGUGGUAUCUAAAACAUCGAUAUGAUUAUGAAUCACCCUCAGACCUGAUUUGAUUCAGUUUGAGGUCUGGCCUACCUCUGAACUCUCCAAUAACAUCAGUCUCAACAACCAGGUCACAACUGACUCCUCGUCUGAAGUUUAGCACAGUUCGCUGCUGAGUCGCGCGUUAAUGUUUCUGUGUUUUUUUUUUGUUGUUUGUUUUUGUUUUUAGUAUCCGCGUUAUAAUAUUGACCUUGUCAGUGCGUUGUGUUGCUUUCUGUGUUCACGCGUCUUGACUCGGCUGAUUUGGACAUCGAGGUGGUGACAUAUUUGCCAGCGAUGGCAGACGUGGUGGUUAGGCCUGCAUCCCCUUCUCAGUCCAUCUCUCUUCUGGAGAUUAAAGCGGAGACGCGGAUGGUGCUGAAGUCUUUCCUGCGUCACUCGCUCUCGAUUGCUCCUGGUGAGAGGCCUGGAAGGAUUGGAGGAGAAUACAAUGACCCAAACAAAUUCAGUGCCUAUAAAAAAGAUAAGAUAAGGAAAGAUGCGAAUGGAUGGGACUCUUUGGAUGAGGAGAUCAGUGCCGCAGAGGAGAAGAAACAUGGAAUAAAAAAUUUCAUAAAACGAAGAUUGAGAGCCCGUUCAUCCACAAUCCGCCAUUCUAGGAAAGUCAGUAGCGCUGACCCAACUCCAAACAACAGCCUGGAGAAGCAGACUCAGCUGGGCAAGUCCGACAAGCCGUCGGCGAGUAGAACACAAAGUUUACCCAGGAAAACAGAGGAAGAGAUAGUCUCUCCAUCAUCUGCGUCUGACGAGGAAGGUGACAGAAAAUCAGGGAAGAAAAAGAAGAAAAAGCUUAAAUUAUCUGAGAUUCUCAAAAAAGUGUCUUUUAAAAAAGAAGAGCCUCGUCCUCGGCGCCCGGCCACGCUAUCUUUAAGAGAUGCUUCAGAUGUUCUACAACCUGAGGAUUAUCCUGCUUCACCAUCCCGUCCUCCUGAGUUUUAUGAUGAUGUGGCAGAAACUUUGGACAGAAUUGCACAGAAACACAGUGUAAAAAAGAAAUCCCCUGUUAAACCUGAGCCAAGUCCACCCAAAGUAAAUGACAAAGAAGCUGUGGUUCAGCAGCUAGUUCAGAUAUUGACUUCAGAGGGGGAUACCAUUAACAGCAAGAUAAACACCAACCCCUUCCUGCGGUCCACCCUCUCCCGCAUCUCCUACGCUUCUUUUGCCAAACUCCUUGACACGUACGCCGGUCAGAGUGAAGAACCUCCUGUUCCCGCACCGGUCAGCCCUACGCUGCGGCGUCUCGCCAUCACCAUGGACGUGUCUCGUCGAGUCGUCACAGCUACUGGUGUUCAGCGUCUCACAGGCUAUGCUGAACGCUACAUGGAAAGCUUUGCACCAUGGGUGAGGAGCCACGGAGGAUGGGAUAAAAUUGCAUAUUUGGAUGAGGUCCUGGAGUGUGAUUGACCUCAGACCUUUUCAUAAUGAACUCAUGAAAGUUCUCAAAUCAUGUAGCAUGACCUCUGUGAGGCAAAGAAGAAGACUGGGGAAUUGACACUACUUGAUUAGAAAUUUUCUCUGCUGAUGUAUUUAUUAUUCUUUUGUAUUUUGGAUGUUUUUUAUGUGACAUUUUAUACUAAAAUACAUGAUGUCAAUCUUC